AACUUGUAGUUAGUUACAGCUAAGUGCCUCGUCAAAUGUCAUAAGUAAAUAAAUUGUAAUUUUCCAUUUUUGAUAGUUAGGUAUAAGCAUAGUGCAUUGUGACGUCAAAAGAAAGGCUAAGUGCAUUGUAAUAUAGGAGACGUAAGUAAUUAAGUUAGUGUUUUCCUUUUCUUUCUUAUCAAGGUAAUUUUGAAAAUCAGAAUUAAAUGUAAGAAUAUCUUCUUGUAGCAAUAAAGACGAGUUGUUUGUUACUCUCGAUCAUACGCCUCAGAAGUCAGCACUCAACCUUUGUACACAUCACUAUCAGUCAGUUGGUUUUCUUCUUACUUUACCUCACGCGGAUUCCUAAUUGUGUUUAUAUAAGAUGGAGUCAUUUCUCAUUUUGAUUAUUGUAUUCACGUCUAAUUCUCUUCUUUCUCACAUUACUUGGUAUGCUUUUGAUUUUCUUCUUAGUGUAUUCUCUGAAACAGAAUGCUUUCUUUUCUAAUUAAUCUUGUGUUUGGUUUUGAUUCGUCAAUCAUCUGAUUCUUUUCUUAGGUUUAACACUUGAAAACUUUGGAAAGAAUCAUGGAGGGAGUAAGAGGCCAGACUCAGAACAUCAAUGAGGUUUAUGACACAAUCAAAAGGGUUGCUUCUCGCCUAGGAAUUUCUGAAGAUCAAGCUACUGUUUUACUUUUGAUAUACAAAUGGGAUGAAGAAAGACUUGUCUCAAAAUUCAAACAAUCUCCUAAUGAUUGCGUUAAUGAUCAUUACUUUGUCACCAAGCCUGUGUUUGAUUUGGACUGGACUGAAUGCCUUCUUUGCAAACAUUUCACUGCCUGCAUAAACCUUGGAUGCGGUGACCAUUUUUGUGACAAAUGCUUUAGAGAAUACUAUGAGUCCAAAAUACAUAAAGAUAAUUUGGACAUGGACUGUCCAAAUGACAACUGUUGCAAAUUCCUCCCACGUUCUUUGAUAAAAGAUAAUAUGAUGUCUAAGGAAGUACGAAAGAGAUACGAGGCUUCGCUGCUUGAGAAUUUUCGCCAUGCCACCAAACAACCACACACUGAGGAGGAUAGUCUUUUAAAAAAAAGUGGCUCCCAAAUUUUCGGAAAGGGUAAAGAUUUGGCAAGUGGGAGUGGAGAAAACAAAAAGUAAUUAUUUCUUGUGGCUGGUGUGCAUAUGUUUGCUCCAAAGUAUUGAGAAGGCAAAUUGAUUGGAAUCAUCAUUAUUCACAACAUCUUAUCGCCAUUUUAGUGUUCAUAUUCUCAAAGAUAAUUUGAUAAUAAUUAUAAGUAAUUUAUAUAAGUAAGGUGUGGUUAUUAAAAUAUUUGAUAGAAAUAAAAGGUAUUACAUUGUAACUGACUCUACGUUAACAAUGUUUUUAUCGACUAGAUAAUGUAUUGGCAGAUUCUAUUACCAAGUCCAAGCGGGCAUUUAUGUGCUAGUUUAUUAUGAAAUAAAAUGCGUUUCUGACCACAAUGUGAAGAAUGCCAAUUACUAUCGCAAUUUAAAUUGAU